AUGAAGUUAUCGAUUGCCGCCCUCGCCGCCACCUGCGCCACAUUGACCGCCGCCAGUCCGCUAGACAAACGUGCACUGACCACCACUGUUGUAUGGGAAACCGUCACUGUCACUGUUACCGGCUUUCCUCCCGCCGAGACCGAGACGUCCACCGUUACUCCUGCCGCCGCUGCCGCCACCACCACCGAUGCCAGCGCAUGGUCUGCAUGGUCUUCCAACGACGACUGGAGUACAGACUCAGGUGAUGGAUGGAAAGGCGGAUGGGGAGGUGGAUGGGGUAGUGGAUGGGGAGGUGAAAGUACCAGCAGUGCUGCUUCUGCCGUGGUGACUUUCACUGAGUCUGAACCCCCGUCCUCUCCCACUCCGCCCCCGUCCUCUGCCCCUGCACCUACCUCGAGUGAGGCCCCUCCAAGCUCGUCCAUCUCUUCCUCCAGCCCGCCAAUUUCGACCAGCGUCUCUUCCGACUACCAACAAGGUAUCCUCGACUCUCACAACAUCCAUCGCCGAAACUCAUCUGUCCCCGAUCUCACCUGGAGCGACAACAUGGCAUCCAUUGCAGCUCAAAUCGCAGCCAGUUGUGUCUAUGCCCAUGACACGAGCACCGGUGGAGGUGGCUAUGGCCAAAACAUUGGCGCCGGUGCCGCUCCCUCCGAUGUACCAGGAAUGAUCACCAACGAGAUGUACAACAACGAGAUCAACUGGUAUCCCCUGCCAUAUGGUGUCGAGCCGGACAUGACCAACUUCGAGAAGUGGGGUCACUACUCCCAGAUUGUGUGGAAGUCCACCACCUCUGUUGGAUGUGCCACACAGUACUGCCCCAAUGGUCUGGCCAACACUGGCGGCGGUGUCAGCCCCUACUUCACCGUCUGCAAUUACAGCCCACCUGGAAAUUUUGGCGGCGAGUAUGCAGCAAACGUCCUGCAGCCCCUCGGCGAACCCACAGUGACGCUGUAA